AUGGAAUUGCCAGCCUUAGAGAUCCUCAAAAAGAACAGAAGCAAGAGUGUUAGAAUUAUUACUCUCAACAACAAAACAUAUCGAGGAGUGCUGGAAAACUUUGACAUGCAUGUAAAUACGCAUCUAAAGGAUAGUUAUCUCCAGGCUGAUGGAGAGGAGGAAAUAUAUAUAGGUGAGGUGCUGAUAAAUGGAGGAACGAUCGCAUGCUUUGACAUUAUGUGA